AUGUUCCAUGGUAUGAGACGACACCCCAACCACGUUCUGCGUAAUCAUACCUUGUUAUCUGCAAGAAAGUCCGAAUCGCUGAGAAUCAAGUUCCGAACAUGCAGAGUGCACAAACCUCUCUUCAUGCCACCGUGGACGGGAUUGAAGCGAGGUGAGACCGAUAACGGAUGCACCAAUGUGACUCACGCUAUUGCCUCCAGUCAGCCGUAUUGCGCUAUCAAGACGUGGUUAUCGUUUAUGCACAUGAUGAAAUAUGCUUCCAAUCAUUUGUACCAUGGCUCACUUCCGAAGACGGGCCAUCGACACGACCUAACAACAGCUUUCAGCUUGCAGUUGUUGCCGGUGUGGUGGUUUUCUGACAAGAUAAUGGUGAUAGGGGAGUUGUUGGUGUGGACGAGAGGUGUUGCUUGUACCUCCACCUCCAAGUCUCCUUCCAUUUAUUAUGUUCUUACUAGUGUUUCAACAGUUCAGAAUAUGUUCAUGCUCCGAACCCGCAAAAAUGCGAACCCAAUUCGUUUCCCUUCAGAGCUACUUCUCCGCCUAAUGCCCUCAUUCGAAAGCUGA